AUGAAGCAAUAUGGUUCGCCCUUCAACCUCUUGCCGGCCAUACUGGCGACGCUGACAGCGUUGGUGCCAGCCGUCAAGUUCACGCCGGACGCCAACAUGUCCUUGCUGGAAAUGGGCAGCAACCAGUCCAACAAGACAGAUGUGCAGCUGGCUCUGCUUGCCCGCUCUUCGCGUGCCUCCGUGGAUGAGGAGGAGCUGGAGAUGGAUACAAGCUUGUCCGCAAAAGGGAACCCGAUAGCUGCCGUCGGCGACUUCUUCGGUGACGUUGUCGAUACGGCUGGCGAUGCCUUGGGGGGCGUUGUCGAUCACGUGGGGAAUGCCGUCCAGACCGCAGCGGAGGCCGCUGCCGAUACGCUCCAUAAGGCAGGCAUGACAGUUGGCAGUGCCGUGGCCAACGCGGCCGUGAUCGUUGGGAAGCAUGUCGUCCAGCCGGCAAUAACCACCAUAGCCUCCUUGCCCGGUCACAUCCAGAACGUUGCCAACGACAUCGGCAGAGUAGCGGUGAACGUCGGGAAUGUCAUCGCGGAUGUCGGGGAACUUGUGGCGGACUCAACGGUCCAGUUAGCAGGGGACGUGUUGACGAGAGCCCAGGCCGCUGUGAACCAGGGCGUGAAGCUCGCGCAAUCAGUGGGGGAUGAAAUUGCGAGACAGGCUACGGCCAUUGGCAACGGGGUUGCCAAGAUUGGUCCUUUGGUUGCCGGCCUUGGCGCGGCAGCAUGGAACCAGAUCAAGAGUUUCGUCAGCUGCUUGGCAGAGUCACUGACUUUGUGUCACAUCCUUAUCGGGGACCACUGCGACUGCGGUCCCGGGAAGAGCCACGUUACACCCUCCACGUCGGGCUUGGAGAUGAGGUGCGUCUUCACCACGUCCUCGGACUUUACAGGUGGGUUUGGCCUUCGCGCCUCUGCCAGCAAGACUUUCGAUGGAUCCAGUGGGACGACGGUGCUCCCGGGCGAGGAGUACAUGCAGGCAUACAAGAUGGCCAACACGGCAUUGAAGUCCCGAGAGACCUUGAAGAGCAAGAAAGCGAAAGCGCCAAGAGGCUCCUGCGAGACAGAGCUGGAGGUAGCCUGGGAGGGUGCAGCGCAGUUCACGCCGGACAUUUCCGUGUCGAUGGGAUUCAACGGGGACACCGAGAUCAGCAUCUCAGGGCUAGUUCGUGCCUCCAUCGAUGCCCUCGUGGAGGGGCAGGGCAGCUGCUCCUUCCACGCCCAGAGAGGCCUCCCAAAGGUCCCUAAGACCAAGGUGGUGUGCGCAGGGAAGUUCUGCCUCGUCUUCAUGCUCCAGUUCGUUGCGGAGCUGGAGAUCAAGGGUACCCUCACGGGCACCAUCGAGACCUCGGCGGCUGUGGACUUCGAGAUCAAGGGCAAGGUAGUUGUCAACCCGAAGGGCAAGGCCGAAUCGCACUUCGAGACCCCUUCGAUCAAGCAUCAGGAUGGUUUUGCCAUCGGCGCGAGUGCAUCCACGUCCGUGCGUCUGGGCAUGGGUCCCGUUUUCACCGUUUGGCCCGUGCCGGGCAUUCCCAUCAACUUCAAUGCCAUGAUCAACGCGGAGGCCAAAGCUCUGGGCACAUUGGAGUUCCGGUCCGGCAUGCUCCUGCUCCAGGAGGACGAGGAGUCCCGAAAGCUGGACGUCAACAAGCAGUUGCAUGAUGUGAACGACUUCAUGAAUGCCACCAGCAAUACGAUCGGACUCUGUGGUGCCGCGGUGCUGACAACCUUCGCUGACAUCGACAUAACCGGCUUCGCCCUGCCGAGCGGCUUCCGGGCCGUGCUCAACACGGACAUGAUCGUGGACAAGAUCUCGGAGGCAAUCAUGAAGGGUGCGACGGCGCUGCUCCAGCUGAUCACUGGUCCACUGAAGUGCAUCCCGGGUGGGGAGACGGUUUCAAACACCAUCAACUCCGCGGCCAACACGGCGUCCGCCACGCUCACGUCCCUCAUCCCGUCUCUUCACCUGGACUUCAAUGUGAAGUCCAUCGAGCUCUUGAAACCCCAGAAGCUGUGGUGCAAGGAGGUCUACAAGACGCCAGGUUUCGAUCAGGCUCCCUGCGCGGCCACCUUGGGAUGCAAGUUUGCAGGCCGUCCACCCCCGCGGGAUGUUGAGAUGCCGCCGCCGGAGCAGGUGACGAAUACCAUGUCCGCCGCUGCCAGUGCUCCGUCAUCGUGCCCGACUGUGGAAGGUUCCUUGAAGAUGGGAGAUCGGUUCAUUCAGGUUGGCAGCUUUCGCCUGGGCGCCCAUGAUGACCAUCACUUCUCCGUCCAGCACGAGUCAGGGUGGACCGCGCAGAUCUACAAGAGCGAUGGCACCACACAUUGCGCAAAUCAUAGGCCUCGCAGGGAUUAUGGCACUUGGCACAGGGAUGUGACACCUUCCGGAACUUCUCGUGGGAUUUCCUUUGGCUUCCAGUACAUCCAAUUUGGCAAGUUUCGACUCGGUGCCAUCGACGACACACAUUUGUCGCUUUCGCAUGAAAACGGCAACACGAUAAUCAUCUUCCGCUCAGACAGGCAACGUUUUGGCGGGCCCAGGAGCGAUUGGGGUGCCUGGGAUCGUAGUGAAGGUGCGCCAUUCGGCGUGUCUUUUGGUGACAGAUACAUCCAAAUCGGAAAAUUCCGACUCGGUUGCAAUGAUUACAACCAUUUCGCAGUGACCCACACCUCGGGCCAACUGCUCCAGCUCUACCGAAAUGAUGGCACGGAGCACCCUGCCGCUGGCAACCAAUGGACCGUUUCAGUGAAUAGACGUCAGCCGGCGCCGUGGACAUGCAAGGACAUCGCGGAAGUGGCUUAUGGGGCUUGCGAUUCCGACUGGGGUGGCUUCGGAGAUCGAUUCAUCCAGCUGGGAAACUUCAGGCUGGCGGCGAUAGAUGCUACACACUUCUCCGUAUGCCACAGAGACGGAUGGGUCUCCAUGAUCUAUCGUGCGGACGGAACCCGACACGGGGGCCCGCGCAGGGACUUUUGUUCGUGGGACAGGCCUUUGGGCUUUCCGCACGGCAUCACAUUCGGUCCGGGUUUCAUCCAACUGGGCAAUUUCAGGCUCGGCGCCAUCGACGACGAGCACCUCAGCAUUGCACAUGAAAGCGGAAAGACGGCCCAGAUCUUCCGGUCGGACGACACUCGCCACCCCGGGCCCCGCACUGACUGGACCGCUUGGGGGCAGAGUGCAGGACCGGCAGCCGGCGUCACCUUCGGGGACCGGUUCCUGCAGCUCGGCAACUUCCGAGUUGGUGACCAUGAUGGGAGGCACUUGGUCGUCGCUCAUAAGGGCGGCGCUGCGAUCCAGUUGUUCCACGCUGAUGGGAGCAGGCACCCACUGGUUGGUAGCCACUGGUCGACCAAUAUCCGUGGUCGCUACCCGCAGUGGCACUGUGGCGGAAUCCAGGACGUCAUGGGAACCUGCCCUGGCCUCGCUGCAGGAGACAACCUGUUGAUGAUCGGUGACUGGCGCCUGGCCGCCAACGACGCCAACCACUUCACCAUCAGCCACCGCGCGGGGCAGACGCCGAUAAUCUACGUGAGCAUAAACAAACACUACCCGGGACCUCAAACGGGUUGGAACAGCUGGGGUCUCGAGAUCAAGGACGCCCAUCACAAGCUCCAGUUUGGCGACCGCUUCAUCCAGUUCGGCAGUUGGCGUUUGGGCGAGUGGGACUCGCAACAUUUGACCCUGUCGCACAGCAACGGCAACACUCCGAUGAUCUGGAGAACCGAUGGCACGCGUCAUCCGAACCGCCGUAGCCACGGCUUGUGGCAUCGGCCCCUCGGUGCCGCAGAGGGCAUCACCUUCGGAGACCGCUUCGUCCAGAUUGGCGGCUUCCGGGUUGGAGACGUGGAUUCGCGACACUUCUCCGUCACGAAUGUCAACGGUGUGACCAUCCAAAUCUUACGCGAGGAUGGGCAUACCUUCAACGGCCCACGCCACGACUUCACCACCUUCGGCCGCCAGCUCUCGGACUGCGCUGUGGUCUGA